AUGACAUCAAAAAUUACACCAGUUAAAGUUAUUCAGUUUACAAAGAUUAGUGUUGCAUUAACGUGUGCGUGGCCACCGUCACCUAAAACGACGAAAUUUGGCAUUAUUCUAUUUAAAACUUGGUGGUAUACGUGUUAUUUCAGCAAUAUCUUAUUAUUACUCCCAUUGCUGAGUUCAAUUUACGAGUAUCUUAAAAAUCCUGUGAUUUUAGCAAAAUCAGUUUGUCUCUCUUGUGCAGUACUUCAAGCUACGAUUAAGAUGAUGAUAUGUCGUAUUCAGGCAAAGAUUCCGCAUCGCCAUAGAGACCGGACGCCGGGGGAUCAUCAACGGGUGUCACGUGUUAGUGACCCCGCAGCAGACAAGGUCAGGUACCGCGAUCCCGUUGCCUCCGCCAUCCAAACCCUAUCGACUAACUCCGCUUUGGUUUUAGCCACACACUCGCAAAGAAACGCAGCAGCGGACCUCGCCCAGCUGCAGACGGCAUCGAGGACUCCGAAGAUGCUGCACCCGGAAGGACCGGAGUAUGGCGAGUAUUUCCGCCGUAUCGGCUCAAGCCGAACGAUCUACUCAUCUUUAACCCUUAAGCUUUAUUAUAAAAUGGAAACAUUUUGCAAGGAGGCAGAUGAUAAAACGAAUAUUACGCUACAACAUUAUGUUGACAAUCACAAGCAUGUUUACGGCAUUUAUGCUUUAUGGUGUUACCUAACCGCUAUUGGUGUUAUUUGUGGGCCAGUAUUUCUUCCACAACAGUUUCCGACUGAUGCGAAAUAUCCGUUUUUUAUAGAACAACAUCCGAUAAAAAGUAUUAUCUACUUGCAUCAAUCAUUAGUCGGCUUGCAGGCUGCGGCCGGAAUGUGUAUUGAUUGUAAUAUUGCACUUCUUUUAUUCUAUUCUGCCGCAAGAUUACAACUGUUAGCCCAGAAGAUUCGUGAUAUCAGAAAUGAACUCUGUGCGUACUGGGCCGACAAGCAAAGCGAGAAACUUGGAGGUCCUGGACAUACUGUUGAAAUAGACGAGGCAAAAAUUGGCCAUCGAAAGUAUAAUCGUGGUCGCCUUGUAAAAGGCAAUUGGAUCUUUGGGGGAUACGAGAGAGAGUCGAAGAAGGUUUUUAUUAUGCCAGUAGAGGAUCGAUCAGAAAAGACGCUCCUGGCAUGUAUUAAACAAUGGAUCAUGCCAGGAACGACAAUUAUUUCAGAUUGUUGGAAGUCCUAUGACUGUUUAAACAGUGAAGGCUUCCAACAUUUGAAUGUUAAUCAUACAUACAAUUUCGUCGAUCCAGAUACUGUCUGUGCGUACUGGGCCGACAAGCAAAGCGAGAAACUUGGAGGUCCUGGACAUACUGUUGAAAUAGACGAGGCAAAAAUUGGCCAUCGAAAGUAUAAUCGUGGUCGCCUUGUAAAAGGCAAUUGGAUCUUUGGGGGAUACGAGAGAGAGUCGAAGAAGGUUUUUAUUAUGCCAGUAGAGGAUCGAUCAGAAAAGACGCUCCUGGCAUGUAUUAAACAAUGGAUCAUGCCAGGAACGACAAUUAUUUCAGAUUGUUGGAAGUCCUAUGACUGUUUAAACAGUGAAGGCUUCCAACAUUUGAAUGUUAAUCAUACAUACAAUUUCGUCGAUCCAGAUACUGUAUUUUUUUAUUUACAGGCGCCCAUACACAGCAUAUUGAGCGUGUUUGGAGAGAAGUUCGCGCGAAUAUCCCAAGAUAUGGAACGCGAGAGUCUCAUCUUGAGGGAUAUUUGUGCGAAUUUCUAUACAAACGCGCUCAUGCUUUCAGUGAGCGAAUAG